GUUUCUUCAACAUCGCAUCUCCGAAAAGUCAUGUCGGUAUCCCAUGCGAGCUAAACUUGCACUUUCUAUCAAGUUACUGUCGAAACAUAUUUUACAAUGACUAUAUUCUCACCCAUCCCCGCUUACGCUCUGGGCGCAGCCUGCUUUGGUCGCGGCGUUAUGGGAGUCCUCUCACCCAGAGAGGAAUACGGUCAUGUCGGCUUGCCACUUGAAUCACACAUUUGUACUUCUCCCCCGGCCACCGCUGAUGGUGGCUCUACCAGUGGCUUCGUGUCGCCGCUCAUGUACUUCAAGGGCAUCCGUGAGAUUUCCUACGGCUUGACGAUGAUGGCCUUGCAGCGCCAAGGCAACGAGGAUGCCCUCACAACUGUCGCGGCGGUCCUGACGCUUGUGAGGUUCGGCGACGGGCUGGUUGUUUGGCUGUAUGGAGGAGAGAAGUUGCGAUUCAGAGCGUGGGGCCAUUGGAUCACGAGUGCCGGAUUUCUCGGGUGGGUGAUGUGGAGGUGGAGGUGAGGUUAUUUCACCGUCUUGAUGUUUUAAGGAUUAGAACCGGUAUAUCGGACCAUUAGCUGUUCUGCGAUUAUAUAGAGAUGCGGUACUUUUUAAGAGCGAAAUUGACUGAAUCGUGCCAUCCAGUGAAUGGCUUUAUUCAAUCCCUAUGCGUUUCUAUAUCAAAUAGUGGUAAUUGCAGCCUCUAACACCCG